UACAUACAAUUUUACUUUCUUCCAUAUGGAAGUUAGUGUGACAGUCACAUUUUUUAUUAAUCUCUCUAUUUCCCAUGUGUGUUUCUAAUUUGUCUCUCCAUUAGUCUAUACAAUCACUGAGGUCAGGAACCAUGUUUUAAUAAAUCAACCUUGUAGUCUUAUGAUCUUGGACAGUGUUGAAACAUAAUAAAUCAUAAUGCCUAUUGAUUGAAUGAAUAAACAAAUUAGCUUGAGAUUUCAACAAACCACUGAUAAUAAUUAUAUUUACAGGUAAAUUUGUUCUGAACUCUGAAAUAAGGAUACACAGAAGGACAUAUGGGACAAAGGAACAACGUGACUGAGUUUGUCCUCUUGGGGCUCACUCAGAGUUUACAGGGUCAGAAAAUAUUAUUUGUUUUGUUCUUGCUCAUCUACAUUGUGACAAUGGUGGGCAACCUCCUCAUUGUUGUGACUGUGGUGGUCAGCCCAACACUGGAUGCCCCUAUGUACUUCUUUCUUGGCUACUUAUCAUUUAUGGAUGCUGUUUAUUCUACUACAGUUACCCCAAAUAUGAUUAUAGACUUAGUCUAUGAGAAGAAAACCAUUUCUUUCCAAGCUUGCAUGACUCAGCUUUUUAUAGGACACUUAUCUGGUGGUGCUGAGAUUUUACUUCUGGUGGUCAUGGCUUAUGAUCGUUAUGUGGCUAUCUGCAAACCCCUGCAUUAUACGACCAUCAUGAACCAAUGGGUACGUGUUCUGCUGUUGUUGGUGGCCUGGGUUGGAGGUUUUGUGCAUGCUGUUGUUCAGCUUCUCUUUGUUUACAAUCUUCCCUUCUGUGGUCCCAAUGUCAUUGACCACUUCAUCUGUGACAUGUACCCCUUAUUAAAACUUGCCUGCACUGACACUUAUAUCAUUGGUCUCACUGUGGUUGCCAAUGAUGGGGCAAUAUGUGUGGUCAUUUUUAUGCUGUUACUCAUCUCCUAUGGAGUCAUUCUACAUUCCCUGAAGAAUCUUAGUCAGGAAGGGAGGCGCAAAGCCUUAUCCACCUGUGGCUCCCACAUCACUGUGGUGGUCCUCUUCUUUGUCCCUUGUAUUUUUAUGUAUGUGAGACCUCCUUCCACCUUACCCAUUGAUAAAUCUUUGACUGUAUUUUAUACUGUUAUCACUCCUAUGUUGAACCCCUUAAUCUAUACUCUGAGAAAUGCAGAGAUGAAAACUGCCAUGAAGAAGCUCUGGACCAGAAAACACAAAUGA